AUGGUGUCUACCAUAAAGCAGCGUAGCUCAGAGGGAGAGUGGGGGGCUCAUAACCCCCAGGCCCGUGGAUCGAAACCACGCGCUGCUAGCUUUUUGUUUGCACAUUUUAGUAUUAUUCCUGAAGCUGUUUGGCUAUGUAUCGAUGUAACUAGUACACCUCCUUGCUUUUAUAUAUCUACGAUGCCGAUUAGUGACGAUUCCAUUGUAACUGAAGCCAACCUUCGCUUCUAUUACAAGCAUUUGUGCCCUGUGAAGGAGCUUAUUCGAUGGGUGUCAUACGAAGACUCAAAUGUUCUCUGCAAACGUGAGAUAUCUCUAACAUAUCAACGAGAGACUUCCUCCGAUACAAACGAAGUCUACAUCAGAUGGCAGACAUAUGAAGGAGUUGACCAGUUUUACCAAACGCUCUGCGAGAGAGAUACUGUUCCUUUCAAGUUUGAUAUAGGCGCUAUAUAUAAUAGAAGAGUUUCGUUAAUGCAAUUGAGCGGCGGAGACUUUAGAGCUGUUGAAAGGGAACUAGUUUUUGAUAUAGAUAUGGAUGAUUAUGACGAAUUUAGAACAUGUUGUACGGAAAAGAAAAUUUGUAGGAAAUGUUGGAGAUUUAUAAGAAUAGCAGUGGAACUCAUAACAAAGACACUGCAAGUGGACUUUGGAUACAAGGAUAUACUGUGGGUUUACAGUGGUCGUCGUGGCAUUCAUUGCUGGGUGUGUGACAAAAGGGCACGAGAACUGCCUUCUGAUGGUAGAAUUGCAAUCAUUGAGUAUCUAAAUCUGAUCACUGGUGGUGAUGGCUACGUCAAAAAGGUUAGCCUCUUCAGCUGUGAACAGCAUCCCCUGGUUCAACGAUCUUUUGAUGUAUGUUACAGUAACUUCAAGGAUCUACUUGUUGAACAAAACCUCUUGAGUUUGAAGCAUUUACCUACAAUUUUGGAAUACAUACCGGAAAAGCAACAGCAUGCGCGUAAAUUGAUACAAGACGCCAUUAACGGUGGUUCAAGAGAUUCACUAUCUCUAUUCAACCAACUUUGUGAUUCUUUAUCGCUACCAAAUCCACACGAAUAUCAAUCAAAGAGGGAUCCUUCUGUAUUCCCUUAUUACUUUAUCGAAAUUGUAAUCGCAUUCUCUUAUCCAAGGCUUGAUGUAAACGUCACAAAGGACAUUGGGCAUUUGCUGAAAUCUCCAUUCUGUGUCCAUGCCAAAACUGGCAGAAUAUGUGUCCCCGUAGACCAUGAACACAUUGACAAAUUUUAUCCCGAAAAUGUUCCGACCGUAGGUUAG